UCACGCCCCUCUGUUUUUUUUUCUCUUCAUUUUGCAUACACGUACGCUGUACUCUACAGUUUACCAGUUGAUACCCACUGAAAGCGAAGCGCUGCUUGUCAAAACGCAGCCACGGCCACGUUGACCAGGCCAGAGCGGCAGCGGAGGAAGAGGAGGAGAAGAAGCGAGGGCAGCCUCUUCACAGGAGACUAUUCUUAUCUAUCCUUUUCCCCCUUCGGUGGACUUGGCUCUGCGUGCCGGUGAGGAAAAUCUGCUGUUCUCACUCAUGAAGCGGUACAGAGACGUUAACGAUACAUAAAGCGAAUAACGGAAAGAUUAGACGCAACAGUGUGGCGGCGCAAUAAUCGCAUGUGCUGGCUGGGCUCGGCGCUGGAAAGACCAAGUCAGAUCGCAAGCUGAAAUCGUUCAUGUGUGGGAACUCCAUCACGUUUUAAGGGAAUUCAUUCAAGUAGCUAGAUUAGCUUGGAAACUGCCGCCAAUGCGGGUCCAUUCGCUAUUGUGUGCGUUUGUUAUAAGUUAGCUAGGCGGGCAACCAAGACGCGCUGAUGAGCCUGUGUGCGUAGCGGAAUGAUGAUCAAAAUAAACCUCUACCAGACAGGCGCUAAUGGCUCACAUUAAUUGUCAAAACCUUUUUUGAUAAUUGGCUUGUGUGAGUAUCAAAUACAGCAUCACAGCCGGUGUUCCUGGUCCGACCAGAUAUAGGCCCUGCUAUCAUUCAUAAAACUGACCUGGUCGCCCAUGUCUUAAAUUGGAAAACAAAGAAUUAAGCUACUGAAGAAGGUAAGCUGGUUAGAUAAGCUUAUUUUAGCGUUUUUAGUUGAGCUAGCAAGCUGGUUCACGGAUUAGACACACAGUCUGGACAGUAUUGCUCCCUGCAUUUCCUCUACCCUUCUUUGGAGUACCCUUCUUUUUUGUUCUUCCUGCGUCGCACCACAAUGAGCGGUCACACCGGGGACGCCGGUCCCGUGGAAGUGGAGCCCAUGCCGGGAUACUUGGACCUCAUCACCAAGGCCUCCACCGUAAUGCUGGGCGCAUGGAGAGACUGUAGUCCUUGCGGGUUGGAGCUCUCUAAAAAGACUCUCCUGGAUAAUGCAAAUAUUACCUUGACCGAGAUCACCCUGUUCUUCUUUUGCGCCUUUUUGUGGACGCAGAUCAGGCGGGGACUGACAGAAAGUCUGUUUCAGCCUCUAGCACAGUGGUGCAGGCUGCUGCCCAAAGAUGCUGCCAAGAUGCCAGAGAGCGCGUGGAAGCUGGUCUUCUACACAAUGUCCUGGUCAUACAGCACCUACCUGCUCUUCUUCACCUCCUACUCCUUUUUCCAUGACCCGCCCUCUGUCUUCUACAACUGGAAGAGUGGUAUGUCAGUGCCUACAGACAUCGCCAUAGCCUACCUGAUCCAGGGCAGCUUCUACGGCCACUCCAUCUAUGCUACGGUCUACAUGGACGUGUGGAGGAAGGACUCAGCUGUCAUGGUGGUGCACCACAUCAUCACGCUGGCACUCAUUAGUUUUUCCUACGCCUUUAGAUACCACAACGUAGGGAUUCUGGUGUUGUUCCUCCACGACAUCAAUGACAUUCAGCUGGAGUUCACCAAGCUCAACAUCUACCUGAAGUCCAGAGGAGAAGGCUAUCACCUGCUCAACGACGUGCUGUCCAACAUGGGCUCUGUUAGCUUUAGCAUCACCUGGUUCUGGUUCCGUCUUUACUGGUUCCCUCUGAAAGUGCUGUACGCCACAUGUGUGUCCAGCCUCCAGUCUGUCCCCAACAUCCCUUUCUACUUCUUCUUCAACACUCUUCUCCUGGCACUGCUGCUCAUGAACAUCUACUGGUUCUUGUUCAUUGUUGUUUUUGUAGUGAAGGUGCUAAAAGUGAAGGAGGUGAACGACGUCAGGGAGUACGAGGACGAGGAAGGCGACAACGCGGCAGCUGGCCUGCUCAAGGAACCUCAGGCAGAAAACCACGGUGGUGAUGAUGCUGGACAUCACAACUCCGCCCAGGGAAAGCACGUGCAGAAUGGGAUCAACAAAAAGAAGCAUCUAUAGCGGGCUAUCCGUCGCCACCACCUGGCACUAGGCUACAACUACAAGCAAAACAAGAUGCCCUCCUUGGACGGCUCACACUCAAGGCUGGAGGGAAGAGGGUCACAAAAGAAAAAGGGAAACAAAAUAGCAAGUUUUGACCUUUUUGUUUUUUUUAAAUUUAUUUUACAACAUUUCCUUUCAUCGCUGUCAUUUUGUUUUGUUUUUAUUAGAGCACUGUGAUGUCAUGUCAGGUGACUUUUUGUCUUAUUGUUGCUAACUUUACAUUUGAUAGAUUCAGUAGAAAGAAAAAAAACUGUUAGAGUUAGGCUGUGAUUGUUACGUACAGUCGGACAGGGUGUCAUAAUCAUCACCGUCACCCUGAACAGCGCCCCAGCGCCCAGAUUGCAGUCUGUAGAAAUUUAGACCGACGGUAACCAUUAGCAACCUGGUAAACAAGCAGCUAAUUCUAAUAGGGGUGAGCUGUGUUCGCGCUGUCAGUGAAAUAAUGAAUUAAUUUCCUCCUUUAACCUCCGUCCAACUUCUCUGACGUCAGACAUGAAGAGAAAACGCCAAAAAAAAAAGUCAAAUGGGAAACAUUGCGUUGUUCUCAGUAUCAUUUUUCAUGGCUGCAGUGAUCCAAGAGAGCCGUUCUACCACAUGUAUUGAUUUUCAUAUCACUGCACAAGUCAGUGGUGGCAACCGCACAGCUUCUGGCGUGCAUUAGUUUGAUUUGAAAAGUCACACUGGGGUGUGCAUGUGUGCGUGUGCGUGUGUGUGUCAGACAUUCCAGGAUGAAUGUAGCCGAAUGUUUUAAACUCAAAAUCGUUUCACAAUAUUUCGCCUCUCAGUUUGAUUUCUUUUUACAUUUUAUCUCUUGCACUGAUGAUCAACAGACAUUGGAAAUAUUUAAUUGUAUGGAAAAAGCUUUUUUUUGUAGUGUUGCAAAGCAUCUGUUGCUGCACUGACAUGAAGGCAUACAAGCUGGUUGCUGGUUUAAUGACAGCAAAUAGCUAGAAUUGAUUGAGCGGGUUUCAGUAUCAUCCUCAUCAUUUAAUUUGUUUAAACAAUAUGUUUGACUAACAUUUAUAACCAGUUUCGUGGGUGGUGAUGGCGGCUAUCGGGUUCACAGAAAAAAUUUAACAAUAUACAAGAACUUGUGUAAUGAUAAAGAUCUGUAGGAUUAAAAAAAAAAAACAUUAUAUAUGCA